AUGGACCAGCAGGAGCCGGCAGAGCUGAUACUCGACGUCUUCACCGACCCGAGGUCCGUCCGCGACGUCAGCUCAAACUAUGGAACUCACAUCGCUCAUUCGAACUACUUCCGCCCAGGCAUCCUCCACACCAUCUUCUUCCACCGCUUCUUCCCCGCCGUCACCCCGCAGACCCGCGAGGUCCUCGACCUCUCGCUCCCCUACGUCGACAACGAUGAGCUCGAGACCAUGAUCGACCAGCGCGCCGCCGCCCUCGAGCGCCAACUCGACGCCGAGCGCUCCUCGGCCAACAGCACCGGCGGCGGCCGCGGCCAGUUCACCGUCCAGUUCUUCGAGAAGCGCCGCCGCAAGGCCUGGCUCACGCGCGGCGACGACGAGGUCUGCUGGGAAUGCUGGACCCUCAAGGUCACCGUCGCCGAACCUAAAACAGAGAGUGGUGCGUACCUGUUUCCAGAUGAGAUGGGUGUGGUCCAUCAAGAACGGGCCAAAGUGCGACGAGCUAUGGAACAAACACUCCAAACGACCGUGAUGAAGAUUGUUACAUUUGUUAAUACUCAUAAAGAUCACAUCCCUCCGAUCACCACACAAGGCGUGAAUCCGUUCCCGUACAAAAUCACUGUUGAGCAAAAGGAGUCGAGCUGGGCCAAUCGCAUGCGAAUGUACUAG